AUACAGAAUGAACUCUAGUUCACAAGGUACAAGGUCUUAUUACAGCUAACAAGCAGCUUGUCCAGUACCAGGUAAUCGGGAGACUAAGCCACUGGACUGAAGAUAAAAAUGACAUUUGAUUAUUUCACGCACAAAGGAAUCAGAUUUGAAAAUAAAACAUAUACAGAGGAAAGUCUCAAAUAUGCAGAAAAUGACUUUGAAGUAUGGGAUGAUGAUGUCUACAAUGUAACCUACCCCAAAUCAGGUACAAACUGGAUGAUACAGAUAUUGAGCUUAAUAAAGCACAAAGGAGAUGCUACACUUAGCAACAGUGUGCCAAUCUACUCAAGAUCACCAUGGUAUGAAACUAUUUACGCUCAAACACAGAUCAAGGACCUUGUUGCUCCAAGGACUCUUUCUUCCCAUCUACCAAUCAACAUGUUUGCAAAAUCUUUUUUUAAGUCUAAAGCUAAAAUUAUCUACACAGUUCGAAAUCCUAGGGAUGUCAUUGCAUCUUUAUUCCAUUUUACGAAAAUUCUCAAAAUUUAUUCGGAAGUUGGACAGUUCCAGGAAUUCUUAGAUGACUUUCUGCAGGGGAAUGCUAUGUUUGGCUCUUGGUUUGAACAUGUGAAAGGCUGGAUGCAAAUGAAGGAUGACAGCAGAUGCUUCUUUAUUGCAUAUGAGGAGCUCAUUCAGGACCUUCGAGGCAGUGUGGUAAGAAUCUGUAAAUUCUUGGGGCAGGAGUUAGAUGAUGCACAGAUUGACUCGGUUGUAGAACAUUCUGCUUUCACAGCCAUGAAGGAAAACAAGAUGUCUAAUUGGAGUCUUAUGCCCCCAGAAGUACUGGAUCAAUCUAAAGGAUCCUUUUUGCGCAAAGGAGUCUCUGGUGAUUGGAAGAAUUUAUUUACAGUAGCCCAGAGUGAGAAUUUCAACAAACUUUAUCAGGAGAAGAUGAAAGAUAUCAAUACAACUUUUUAUUGGGAAAAAUGAGAAUGUCUGUGCUAGAAAAAAAAACAACUUAUAUAUUAAUUGAUCAUUGUAAUUAUAUAUUGCAUAGCUUCCUUAAUAAAAAAAAUAUCUUACCAUUA